ACGUCAUUAAACGUUCAACGUCGCUCUUUAGCAACGAGAACAAACUGGAUCUUUGCGUUUACUACGACAAUUUAUUUUGAAAUAUCUGAAGACGAGAAACAGGCUGUUUUACUUGGUGUGUGAGACUGAGAGAUGCAUGUAACAAAAGAUGGGCUCGAAUCAUGAACCGUCUACGUCGCCGCUUGCACGGCAGGAGGGGUCAGAGAGUGGACCCAGAGACAAUCAUAGAUGAGACCGGGGCUAGGGACAUGGUGUUGACCAAAUCCUAUAUUGUUAUACCGGAUAUAUUAGCCUCUAAAGACACUGGCAUAGAUACUCCUCGUGAUAUGGCCAUAAAUGACCAGGACUUUGACAGACAAGUGGAGGAAUAUGUAGCAGGAAUUCUAAAAUCAGCAGUCGACACAUUGACGUCUGACUCACAGUUGCUAAGCAACACCAAACUGAUCAAAGUUGACGCAGACGACAAUAUUUCCUUGACAUCAAGUGUGAUCAGCCAAAUAGCCGACAUUGCUGUCACACAGAGUUUGUCAGCUAUUGCCAUGGAGACCGACAUCAACCAAUCAGCAAACAAACACAACAAACCAAAGACAUUCUCAGAUUGCAUAGAUGCUUCCGGUAUUAAAGCAGACGACAAUAAUGUAACUGAUCUUCCAAACGGAAACUCAUAGACAAAUGAUGAAACAGACGGCAUGUUUUAGAAAUGCGGAAUGUUAUUUGUAUUAUUUGUAUAUGUUUAAACGUUUUGAGAUAUUUCGAACUUUAUUACUGGAAGUUCUGAAAUAUUCAUUUAUUAAACUUAUUGAAUUUUCGUAAAAAUGUUGUUUAUUGUUUGAAUUACGUCUGUCCAUAAGCCUCAUCAUGACAAAAUGUGUGCG